CCCGCCCCCUUUCAUGACUUCAGCAGGAGGCGGAGAGUACGAUACCCGUUUUCUCCCGCUGCUUGUUGACCCAGACAUGGCGACUCCUGGCCCUGCGACUCCGAAGGCACCCUUUGAACCGUCGCAGCCCCCAGUCAUCGAGGACUUUAGCCCCAGUGUCUACAGCAAUCAGGAAAGCUUCAAGGAAAAGUUCCUUCGCAAGACUCGCGAAAACCCAAUGGUACCCAUAGGCUGCCUGGGCACGGUGACCGCCCUCGGCUACGGCCUCUACUGCUUCCACCGGGGUCAGAGCCAUCGCUCCCAGCUCAUGAUGCGCACCCGGAUCGCCGCCCAGGGUUUCACGGUCGCAGCCAUCUUGCUGGGUUUGGCUGCCUCCGCUCUUAAAUCUCGACCCUGAGCCCGCGGCCUGGCCUUGAAAGCUCCGCGGAGUUCAUUCCGAGGCCCAGGAGCAACCACCAGUCCUGCCAGCGGACUUAUUCCCUCUUCUCCCCUAACAAGCCCCUGUGUCAAUGGGGGAAGAAGUGGCCAAUUCAGUACUUGAUUUUUUUGGGGGGGAGGGGCAAGGGGGGAUCUUAGGUUUCCUUCCGUUUGGGUGUUGCAUACUACUAUUUCUGACGCACCCUCUCCACUCCCUACUUAAUAAACUCUGAUCCACUUGUAA